AUGAUAAAUGACCUUUGUUUCAACCAGGACGCCACCUGUGUCUCGGUAGCCACGUCUACGGGAUACAGCAUCUAUAAUUGCGAUCCUUUCGGUGAAUUUUAUUCCAGCAAGGGCUCGGCUCGUGGCCCAAAGAAUUCUAGUUCAACUUCCAACGACCAUGAUAACGGCGUGGAUUCGUCUUCUGGAGCUUCAACUUCAAGUCCAACCGCGUCUGUCAAGUUGCUAUUUUCCACUUCCUUAACUAUAAUAAUUCCCCAGCUGGGUCAGCCUUCAGGAGACCGGUUGAUGCGCAUAUUCAAUCUUAAACAACGGCUUAAAAUCUGUGAAUUGACCUUUCCGGUGGGUAUAGUCGGUGUAAGACUCAAUAGAAAGCGGUUGUGUGUUCUUUUGUCAUCAGGUCAGUUGUUCAUCUACGACUUGGGAUGCGUUAGAUUAGUGAAAGUACUAGAACUAGAUCCCGAUCAUAGCUUUGUGGGAGACUUGGCUCCGGAUGAUUGCUCCUACUUGGUUCUACCCAUGUCCUCCGUCAUCAAACAAACGGAUCUUUUCAAUCUCACCUCGGCAGGAACCGAUGCUGAGACAAAAUGCGAUUCCACUUCCAACAAAUCCACCCCUCAGCUUGCUGACCUCAUAGAUAUCACCAGCAAGAACCAGUCAGAUAAACUUAAACAUCCUGGACUCACACUUGAAGAAAUCCACAAGGAUUCGCCAGGUUGGAUCAUGGUGUAUGACACUCUCGAGUUGCGACCACGGCUCAUUUUUAAAGCCCACGAUUCUCCGCUAGCAAAGAUAAGAGUCUCUAACGACGGUGCCAGCAUUGCAACAGCGCUGACAAAGGGCACUAUUGUACGAGUGAGUCGUGUAGCAAAGAAUGGCGACGAUUUACAUCUUCAUCAAGUAACCAACUUGCGGCGUGGACACCAACCAACCAAGAUCACAUCGUUAGCAUUCAGCGCAGAUGGCACCAUCUUGGGUUGUGGUUCUAAAAGUGGAACUGUUCAUCUAUUUUCAAUAGGCAAAUCUCCAAUGGCUGGUUCAAGCUCCAAUGGGGAUGGUACCGAUGCUAACCCUGAUUCCGAAAGUGAAGGAUCGUCAUCAGAUCUUAACGAUAACCUCAAGAGUCUUCUCUUAACAAACCCUGACCAAGAGCAAAAAGAAAAUGAUGAAAACAUAUACACCCAUCUCAAGACCCUUGGUAAGAGCUCCAAGUUGAUCAACAACCACUAUACAAAGACAUUCAUGAAAAAGCUUCCAUAUAAGAACUACCUAGAGAAUUUGAUCUGGGAACCACCUAGGCGUUCAUUUGCCUUUGUUAAGCUAGCAGAGCACAAGCCAGACGGUGCUCACAUGGAAAUUGGCAUCACCAAUCAAUUUGUAUUUUUGGCAUCGUAUCAAAGUGGUACCAUGUACCAGUACAAAAUUCCAACCGAAGUCGAUGAUCAGAACAGAGUAGAAUGCCAAUUGGUCAACAGAUACACAUUAUGGAAGGACAAGUAG